CGAUUCGAUUCGAUCGGGUCGGGUACUAAGAAGAGGGGCUAGUUUCCUAGAUAAUGGGAUAAGAUAAUUCACAUAUGGCCUGGGAGAAGCGUCCCAAUUCCCUCCAUGACAACGGCUAUGUCUGCCAUUUUUGUGCCCCCCACUUCUUCACUCCCUUCCUCCAAUACACGAAAGAUAAACCUAAAUUCAUGGAAUAAGAAACUGGUCCAAUUCCGGACUCCCAAGUACCAGUCUAGGAAACCCCCGUCAUGCUCCGGUACUAAUGGCAUGGUGGUCCAAGGUGAUCGGAAUGCAAUGGAAUUACCAAUGAGUAUAGACGCUCUUCAACGUUUCAUUCGCCUCAAUUUGGGCAACUGGACCGGCUCUUUCCAUCAAUUUGAUGGUCAUGGCAAUUUGAUGCAUAAAAUUGCAACGAAGCUCGCGGUGAGCUCUUACGGUGAAGGUGAACUGAUGAGUUUAUUACAAACGUUAUACAUCAAACAACCUCUAUCUACCACUUCAUUUUCUGGUGAUGAUGAUGAACCGGAGUGGUUUGAAUACAAAAUCAAAGAGACCAACAUGUUUACGGUGGACAAAUAUCAACAGAUUGGCUUCUUCCCCAAGGAGAAGGCAUACGCCCUAAGAUAUCAGACUGCUGGCAUGUUAGAGACUGUUUUAAGACAGGGAGUGCUAGGUGAAGAUGAUAUUGGAGAAGAAUCACCAAGAAAUCUGAAGCUUCCCUCUAAACGGCCUUCUAUUGUAUGUGAAAAUUGUCUUUAUUCACUGGAGAAAGAUAGGCGAGUGAGAGCCUUCCAUAUAAUGGACCCAAACGGGAUACUGGAAAUGAUUCUAGUUUUCCUUGAAGAAAGAGGUAAUGGAGAGGUCAUUCCUCCCUCCUUUGACAAUUUCAAGGAGGAUUCGGAAAGAAUUCUGCCUCAUCUUGGAACUUGGAAAGGUCAUUCACGAACAACGCGUACUGGUGUUUAUGGAGGAACAAUUACUGAAGCAGAUACAACUGCUAUUCUUGAAAUGAACAAGGACGGCAAACUAGUUCAGGAUAUCACGUCUACUUCUGGUGCCACUAAUAUUACAACAAAUGUACAUUGGACCGGUACCAUGUCCAAAAACCUAGUGACAUUUGAUGGUGGUUUCCAGCUUACUUUGUUGCCUGGGGGAAUUUACAUGGGAUGCCCAUCUGAUGUGGCCAAGAAUGUGCAAGAAUCCACAGCAUUUCAUCUUGAGUUUUGUUGGCUUGAAUCGCCUGGCAAGAGACAAAGACUUAUUCGCACGUAUGAUGUAGAGGGCCUGGCUGUUUCAUCUACAUAUUUCAUUGAGUCCAAAGUCUGAGUUGUUUUUCCUGAUUCAAAGAGAGCUGCUUCUGGCACCACAUUUUGCUCCUGCAUGAAUCAUUUUACUGUGUACAAUCACCAUUGUUGUAGUAGUAUCAAUUGCAUCUACAUAUAAAAGAUCCACCGGAAGAUAAGAGUAAUUGUAUCACAUUUUUAUUUGGUUGGUGCUAAUAGAUGUUCCACAAAAUGUAUGUAGAA